AUGUCUCAGGCAAUGUUGAUGAAGGAGUACAAAGAUCUUUCAAAGGAGAAAUGGUUGAAGAUCGAGCUUGAUGACGAGAACAUUUAUCGCUGGAACAUUGCUUUGAUCAUUUUGAACCCUGACUCUUUGUACUAUGGAGGAUACUUCAAGGCCAUCAUGACCUUUCCGAAAGACUAUCCAUACAUACCACCAGACUUCAAGUUUAUCCGCCCCCUCUUUCACCCUAACAUAUACGAAGACGGCAAGCUUUGCAUUUCCAUCUUGCACGCUCCAGGAGAAGAUGUCAUGUCUGGCGAGCUGGCCUCGGAGCGUUGGACCCCCGUACAGCGUACCGAGUCGGUUCUUAUCUCCAUCCUGUCUCUGCUUGACGAUGCUGAAGUCUCUUCGCCUGCCAAUGUGGACGCUGGGAUCAUGCUACGGAAAGAGCCCGAGAAGUACAAGGCUAGGGUUAGGGAAGAGGUUGAGGCAUCCAAGAAGGAUAUACCUGAAGGCUUCGUGAUGCCGACACAUGAAUCAACCAAGCCUCCUGUCAUCGAGAAGUACGACGAUGAUUUCUGGGCAGAUAGUGAUGCAGACAACUCUUUUGGCGGAAGUGACUCGGACGCAGAAAUCAACCACGAUGACGAUGACGACGACGACGAUGAAGACGAAGACGAAGACUAUAUGAAGGGAGAAGAGAGUGCCCAAGGUGACAGGACUCCACUGGGCGAAGAGGUCGAGGAUUCCGAAAUGACUGACCACGAGCAAAUCUGA